AUGGCUGGAAGAACAGAAGUGUCAUCUUAUUUAUUUUGUGAAAUAUCUAUAUCUGUUGAAGACCAAAAUCUAAAAUCCAAAUUAGAUCAAUCCGAUAAAGAGGAGGAAUCGUUUGGUGACAGAAAAAAGAGAGUUUAUGAAAAGAUUCGUGAAUUAAGAAAUAAACGAGAAGAGGGGGUAUGUUGUUAUUACCAAAACCGGUUGCUUAUAAAUGAGGCAAGAAACAUGGGUGUGAAGACGAUGUUUCUGUUAGUCUUAGGAAGUUUAUGUCCCAGUGGCACAAUAGUAAAUCUUUCAGGGAAGAUUACGAAAAGAAGUUCUUGCAUGGACAAAAAUGCCCUUGGAAUGAAAGAAGCUGAUGUGGGAAAGACGAAGCUAGAGGAAAAGCCAGCAGUGAAACCAAGAUAA